CAUUGCCAUGCUGGUGGAAUAAACGACUGAGGCUGUGUUUUAUUUUUACAAUCUUUUCGCGUUUCUUUACUCGUAGAUAUGGCUGAGUACGUUUUUCAAAAUGUUGAGGGCAUGCUCCCCGAACUGGAAGAAAUGGAAAGGCUCGAAUUGUUUACGAAACCAGAAAUCAAGUCCAUUGUAAAGAAAAGAACAGCUUUGGAGUAUAAAUUACGAAGACGAAUUUCCCAAAAGACUGAUUAUCUUCGAUAUAUUCAGUAUGAAUUAAACUUGGAUCUUCUCAGAAGGAAGAGAAGAAAGCAUCGUGGAAUUGAGCAAAGAGUCUUACCUGGUGAAGCUGUUUUUAUUAAACGAAUGCAUUUGUUAUUUCAGUCAGCUUUAAAGAAAUUUCCUUUGGAUGUCAAAUUAUGGUUACAAUAUAUAGAAUACUGCAAGAAAGCUGGUAGUACCCAGGCUCUUGGCCGUGUCAUAGGUAGAAUGUUACAAGCUCAUCCUCAUAAUGCCAAUUUAUGGAUUAUGGCGGCAAAAUGGGAGUUUGAGAAUCAAAACAAUAUAAACUCUGCGAGAUCGUUAAUGCAAAGAGCUUUGAGAUUAAAUCCAGAAUCGUGCCAUCUUUGGUUGGAGUAUUUCAGACUGGAAUUAUUGUUUAUGGAGAAGGUGAAAAAAAGACGACAAUUGCUUGGUGUCCAGGACCAAAAAGACAAGGAUGUGGUAGAUACACCAAGUUCUAGUGAAUUCUUAUCUGGAAAAACAGCUCAUAUUGUAUACAAAAACGCAAUACAAAGCAUUUCGGAUAAUCUAGAAUUUCGUUUGAAAUUCGUUGAUAUUUAUGAUUUGUUCUGUGAUUGUGAUGAAGGAAUUGAUGAAGUAUAUAGAAGUCUGUCAAAAGAUUUUCCGCUUUCUGAAGAAGCUUGGAAUGCUUUAGCUAUGCGGAAUUUGAAAGAAAAACAGGCUGGAAAACUUCAAGACAAAGAUUUCGAUAGUUUACAGUCUGAAAGAAACAGCGUCUUUGAAGAUGCUGUCCAGAAAGUGAAUACAGAGAAAAUGUGGAGUUAUUACCUCGAUGCUUGUGUCGGAGAUUUGGAAAGACACACAAUUUCAGACAAAGUCUUGAAGAAAAAUGUGGAACACACUCUAAAGGUUUUUCGAUCAGCUCAUGAAGCGAAGAAGCUCUCGGCGGAAAAACACGUUCUGUGGGUAAAAAUACUGCAGCGAAAUGCUAAAUGGAAUGAAAGUUUGGCUAUUUGCAAAAAUGCGCUGAAAGAUUUUCCCAGCUCGGUCAUCAUAUGGAAAAAAUAUUUCACUCUUCAAAUUAAUGAAAAUUCUUGUGGAAAUUUGAUUGAGGAACUAUGUGGUUGUCUGAGCCAUUUUAAAUCCGAUGUUGAUAUCUUGGACAUGUGGCAUUUUGGUGUUGAAUUAUUCACUUCACUGCAAGCGACAGAUGAAAUUGAUCGUCUUUAUAAGUCUUGUGUCGAGAUUUGCACAAGUAAGAAUGCACUGGAAAAAAUAAGCGAACUCUACCUGGAGUUGAUUUUCUUAAGAGAUGGUAUAAAACGCGCAAGAAAAUUAUACAAAAGAUUGUUGAAAGAGAUUCCGAUGUCGUUUUCAUUGUAUCAAAAAUGCAUGACAAUUGAGAAGUCACAGGCGAUGCCGAAUAUGAAGCGAUUAAGGAAACUCUUCGAGACAGCGGUGGAUAACUUCGGCUCUGACUAUUCAGAUAUUUGGAUCGAUUACAUCAGGUUUGAACAGAAAGAAGGUGAGCCUAGUCUAGUUGCCAAUCUUCAUUGGCGAGCAAUGAAAAGUUUAUCUGGUGAGAAAGUUGAACAAUUUAUAACAAAGUAUACGUUGUUACAGAAAGAUUCAAGUUAAAUUAAAAUACUGAAAAACAUAAA